AUGCAGUCUUGUCUCAAGAACCCUCCGGACCUGCGCCCCGGGUCCAUGAUCCGGUCUCAAGCCAACUGCUACCAGUUGCAAGAGUACUUGGACUCUGGGGUCUAUGGAACGGUCAUGAAGUGUCAAAACCUCACGGCCCAGAGACCCUCAGUCCUGAAGGUCCUCCGAAUCCAAAACGCCGGGGACCGUUGGCAGGAGGAGGUGAAGAUCCUCCAGAUCCUGGCCCAACACCAAGGCCACAAUAAACCCAUCGUUCAGUGGUUUCACUCGUUCCAAGCCUCUGGGCAUUUUAUCCACGAGUUUGAGCGACUUGACAUCAGCCUCAAGCAGUUCGUGACGCAGAGUCCGAACAAAAGUUUAGGGCUGAGGGAGAUACGCCCCAUCGUCUCUCAGAUGGCACACGCCCUCAGCUUCCUUAAGGCUCUAGGGAUCAUGCACAAUGACGUGAAACUAGACAACAUCAUGUUGGUGGACCACCUCAGGAAGCCUCUGAGCGUUAAACUCAUCGAUUUUGGUUUAGCCAGCACAGAGAAGUGUCAGGGCAGGGAGAUUCAGAGCAGAGCCUUCAGAGCUCCAGAGGUCUUUCUCGGGGCCCCUGUGGACUCGGCGGCUGACAUGUGGGCCCUGGGCAUCGUCGCGGUGUCGAUGUUCUUGGGAAGGUUUCCUCUUCCAGGCCACAGCGACGAGGACAUGAUGAGGCACAUCGUGGAGACAGUGGGACACUGUCCUGCAGCCGUCAUGGACUCUGGCCUCUACACCAUCAUGUAUUAUAGUCUCUCCAGCAGCGGGAAGUGGGAAUACAUGUUUACGCCUCUGAAACCGGAACAGAAAGUGUUACAUCGGUUGGAUGACAUGGACAGGAAUGACCGUUCAGGGCGUGCGGCUGUUUACAUUGAGCCUCGGGACCGACACGCCUUCGUUCACCUGGUGAAGGAAAUGUUGGACCCAAACCCAGCCACCAGGAUCACCCCAGCAGCGGUGAUGUCACAUCCAUUUGUGAGCAUGCGUCACCUGGUCAGGGGCAACCAAUGCUAG